AUGGCUUCCAUCAUCCGUAUACUCGCCGCCGCGGCCGUCCUAGCAGGGAGCGCAGCCGCCUCUCGCAGCGCCAAGGUAGAGUCCCGCCAGGCGCCAUUCACUCCACGCCCAGGCUACUUCCCCGCGACGGGCGACGACACCAUAGCCGGCGGCAUAUUCUGCAUCCCGCUCAACGAGCUCGGCACCGCCGUGGCCAACCUCAACCUCCCCGGCGGCGUAGGCACCGAGGUACCCCGAGCGGGCGCCCCGGGGCCCGCCAACGGUCCAUACCCGGCCAGGGUGGUGACGGACCCGUCGCUCCCGGGCCACACGCUGUACGUGCCGUCGACGCCGCCGCCCGCCAACGUGUCGGUGCCCUUCAUCGCGUGGGGCAACGGCGGCUGCGCCAUGGACGGCGGCGCCACGUACCGCAGCAUGCUGCUCAUGAUUGCGAGCCACGGCUACGUCGUCUCGGCGGACGGGCCGGUCGCGCAGCAGCGCCAGAGCCUCGUCAGCGACAUGCGCGCGUCGGUGGACUGGGCGCUCAGCGGGGGCGCAGACAAGUAUGCCAAGAUCGACCGGGACAAGAUCAUCACGGCCGGGCACAGCUGCGGUGGCCUGUCGGCCAUGUCGACGGCGUACCACGACCCGCGCAUCCACCGGGUCAUGCUGUUCAACAUUGCCAUCUUUCAGGACAAUAGGAGGUACCUGUUGCAGGAGAUCAAAGUCCCUGUCGCGUGGUUCAUCGGAGGUCCAAAGGAUAUGGGCCAUCCUGGGUCCGAGAAAGACUACAAACUACUCAACGCAGGCCUGCCGGCAUACAAAGCCAACCUCGACACUGGUCACGGUGGCACUUACGCGGCCACUAAUGGCGGCAAGUUUGGUAAGGCAGCUAUCAACUACCUUCAGUGGCAGAUGCGUGACGAUCAAAAGGCCAAGGCGGUACUUCUUGACCCUGCCUCUGAAGGAAGCCUCGUCAAGGAUAAUUGGAGUGUUGAAUACAAGAACUGGAAUUGA